AAAGCCGAUGCGUUGCCUUGGUGUCCAUAAGACGCCACAGGACGGCCACUGUGGAUUUUAACGGCGAGCUCCCUCGGUCACCAUGUCUGUGCUGGACGUGUUGUGGGAGGACCGCGACGUGCGCUUCGACGUGUCCUCGCAACAGAUGAAAACAAGACCUGGGGAAGUCCUUAUUGAUUGUUUAGAUUCGAUUGAAGACACAAAAGGGAAUAAUGGAGACAGAGGCAGACUCUUAGUCACAAACUUAAGGAUCAUCUGGCAUUCCUUGGCAUUACCCAGAGUCAAUCUUUCUAUUGGCUACAACUGCAUAUUGAAUAUUACAACAAGAACUGCCAACUCUAAACUCCGAGGCCAGACGGAAGCUCUUUAUAUAUUAACAAAAUGCAACACCACCCGGUUUGAGUUUAUAUUCACAAAUCUGGUUCCUGGGAGCCCCAGACUUUUUACUUCUGUGAUUGCAGUGCACAGAGCCUAUGAAACGUCUAAAAUGUACCGUGAUUUUAAGCUGAGAAGUGCAGUCAUUCAGAACAAGCAGCUGAGGUUAUUACCACAGGAACAUGUGUAUGAUAAAAUCAAUGGUGUGUGGAAUUUAUCCAGCGACCAGGGGAAUUUAGGAACUUUUUUUAUUACCAAUGUGAGAAUUGUGUGGCAUGCAAAUAUGAAUGACAGUUUUAAUGUCAGCAUACCAUAUCUGCAAAUCCGUUCAAUAAAGAUCAGAGAUUCAAAAUUUGGCUUGGCUCUUGUCAUAGAAAGCUCUCAGCAGAGUGGAGGAUAUGUUCUUGGCUUUAAAAUAGACCCAGUGGAAAAACUACAGGAAUCAGUUAAGGAGAUCAACUCACUUCACAAAGUCUAUUCUGCCAGCCCGAUAUUUGGAGUGAAUUAUGAAAUGGAAGAGAAGCCACAGCCACUUGAAGCUCUGACUGUUGAACAAAUUCAAGAUGAUGUGGAAAUAGACUCUGAUGACCACACGGAUGCUUUUGUGGCUUACUUUGCUGAUGGGAAUAAGCAACAAGACCGUGAACCUGUAUUUUCAGAAGAGCUGGGGCUUGCCAUAGAGAAGCUGAAGGACGGAGUCACACUACAGGGGCUUUGGGAAGUGAUGAGUUGAUCUUGAGUUGAGCUGGAUCUCUGUUUAAAGAUAUCUCACGAUUAAAAGAUACUACUUGCCUGCUAUAGGCAUGGGAAAGUUAUCUAUUUAUAGCUUUUAUAUUUUAUAUUUUAAGACUUUUUAAUAAUUAAGGAAAAACUCCUUAAUUUUAGAAAACUAUCAGUUUUCUAAAAGUUACAUUAAAAAUUGUAACUGAAAUGUACCAGAUCUAUAAAUGUAAAUAUUGUACCUGACACUUGUAAAAAUAGUAAUUUUCAAAUAUUAAACAAUUGUAUCAUGUUGCAUUUAAUAAAGAUUUUUAUGCAGUACCA